UACGAGAUCCUGGGCAUCAGCGCGCGCGCGACGCUGAGCCAGGUGCGCAACGCCUACCGCGCCAAGGCGCGGGAGACGCACCCGGACAAGCACCCGGGCAAGGGCGACGAGAUGCACCGCCGGUUCCUCGAGGUCGUCGCGGCGUUCGAGCUGCUGAGCGACGAGGACGACCGGCGCCACUACGACGCGACGGGCCGGCAG